GUUCUGAUUCAUUUCCGAGUCGUCAUUAAUCAGUUUGGCCGGACAACAUCAUCGGGCAAAUCCCGUUCAUUCCUUCGCACAGAAGGCUGAAAGCCUGAAGCUGAUAAUCGAACCUGCUAUUCUCGGAAGGCCGUUGAUUCCAGUUCAUUUUCUUCAGACUUGCGGAGGCAGGUGGCUUGUUGGAAUUUUGGCAAUUGCGUCGCCACAUCUGAAUCGGCAAAAUGAUUUCCUUCGAAAUGAACGACCGCAAAAAGAUUGGGCUAGGGCUGACUGGAUUUGGCAUAUUCUUCUCGUUCUUGGGAAUCAUUUUCUUCUUUGACAAGGGUCUAAUUGCAAUGGGAAAUAUCCUAUUCCUCUCAGGGGUGACAUUAACCAUUGGGCUGAAGUCCUCAAUGCAGUUCUUCAUGAAACGUAGCAAUUUCAAGGGAACUAUUUCUUUUGGUGUGGGAUUUUUCUUGGUUGUUAUUGGAUGGCCCGUGUUGGGAAUGAUUCUAGAGGCAUAUGGGUUUAUUGUUCUUUUCAGUGGCUUUUGGCCAACAUUGGUGGUUUUUCUGCAGAAGAUACCUUUUCUUGGCUGGGUGUUCCAGCAGCCAUAUGUUAGAUCGUUCUUUGAUCGUUAUCGCGGCAAAAGGGUGCCUGUAUGAACCUUAGAUCCAUGGAAAUGCAAGGAAGCUGUGCAGCUUGACCUACUUGUUAACGGUUGUAAAGUACUUGCAGAUGAAUGAUUCUGGUAGCAAUGUGGCAAUCUUUACGUCAUUCCCGGCUGUUGAUAUGAUAUACCAGUGCUUUCUGUUUCCUUGAUUUUCUUAGUGUUGGUUCUGAAUUGAUGAAUCUAGCAUCAUACUUAGAAAGGGAUAUGUCACCACUCUCUGUUUGCAUCUACUACAUGUAUCAAUGUACAGGUUUCAUUCAUUUUUAUUAAUCUCUACCUUUUGGAAGUGCAA